CACGAAUGAAAUGGUGCUUGACUCAGCCCCGCAGAUAGCAGACCGUAAAUAAUUUACGGAGCAAAUAGUGGCGCUGAAGUAGUGGGGGUUUCUCGGAAAUUUCCAAAGCCUUCGAACUUGCACUCACAUUUCGAAAAGACAACCAAGCUUUUUGAAGCACACAAAAUGACUACCCGAGACCGCGAUCAAUUAUUCCCAAAUGGCCCAGGCUUUGACCAUGGAAGCUCCACCCUCCUCUCCAAGUCGAAUACUGUGGUGCCUCGCAGUAGUACCUUAUCCCCGCAAAUUCGAACCGAGAACCAGGCUGUUGGAGCUGCACAUCAGAUGGAGAAACAGCAAUCCCUCAGCAGCCCGCCAAGUGCCAAGGGCCUGAGAUCACGGCGGAUGCUGGAAAAUUUGGUAGCAGAGAAUUCUCGUUUGAGAACUGUGGAGACAAUCCAGUCCCGCCAGGCAGACGUACUAGACAGGAUGGUGACGGAUCUUGUCAAGACCAAGUCGGAACUUCGAGCGAAGGACGUUAGACUUUCCGGCCAGCAGGGCGUCAUCGAGGAGCAAAGCACAGAGUUGGAACAGUUGCGACAUGAUGUCAGCAAUAUGUCCGCGGAGCUUCAAGGCACGCGGCUCGCACAAAACGAUACCCAAAAAUCCGCCAAGUUACAAGAAGCGAUCGGUCAACUGACAACUGAAAUGCGAGAGAAAGAUCUACAAUUGAGAGAGAAGGACCAGAUUCUGCGGGAGCGAGAGUUUGAGCUUUGUGCUAUGAGAGGCCAGCUCGAUCAGGAGCAGAAACAACGUAGAAAAGAUGUGGUAGAAAUACAGGAGCUUCAGGAUAUGAUCAACGAUCAGGAUCAUACCCAAAGGACGAGGGACGACUCCCAACUCGAGACCGAGCGUUUCAGGGCGGAAGCUCUCCAGCAAGAAGUGCAGCACCUGAAGAUAGCACAUGCCUCGGCACUGUCAGAGAUUAACACUUGGAACACUAGGAUUCAACAAUAUCAUGACGAAUUGAGCCAGUCUAAAGCCACACAAGACGCGGCACAAUCUGCCAUCGACGCUGAAAGAGCAAGGAGUCAGCAGUAUCUCCAAGAAAUCGACCAACGGAACGUCGUGCAUAAACAGCUGCAAUCUCAAAUAGAAGCCCGGGAAGCGAAAAUGCAAGAGCUGACUCAAGAGCUGAACAACCUCCAAGCAUCAUUCCAGAGGGCUGUCGCCGAGACGAGAGACAGAUCACAAGCACAAGAACAGCUCGAAGCCUCGCAUGCGAAUGACCUCGCCGAGGCUCGCAGCAUGACGAAAUUCUUCAAGAAGAAUAGCGAGGCUUCAGCAAGGAGGGCCAGGGCGCUCGAGGCAGAAAUUCAGAGCCUGAAGCAAACGCUGCAGAGAAAUCGCGAGGUACAGGAAGAUGGUACGACUAAUGCUGCACUGCAAGGUGGCAACUUCUCGGAGCCCCCUGGUGCGUGGCCUGAUAUGGAUAUACAACGCAGCUCUCCUAGCUUACGACGAAAGCCACUGGCUAUUCCUAGCAUGUAUUAAGGGACCGGCAAGAAAGUAUUGAAGACCAAGAAAAGGUGGGCGGAUUGAAAAGGGCUUGGAUGAGGGUGCCAUCAUUGUAGAUAUUCAGGAUUGCCAAUUUGGAGUCGGCGUUAGGAUGUAGGUUGUUAAUGAAAUGAACGAUUUCGAAAGAACUGUCUGUACCGCGAAAGCUCUUUUUGUUCUUGUAAGUCUAGAUCACCAUGAUUCCACUUCAGCAUCAGAACCUGAACGGUAGCUCCUCGAAGAC